UGGAGGGAGCCCGGGGCCGAGCAGGUAACGGUGGGCCUGGGCCUGGCCCGCAGCGCGGGGACGAGUCCAUUGCGGACCCCGAGGAGGGGAGCCUGGCGCGGCCGGUGCCUCCUCUAGGCCGCGCUCGAGCCCUUUGUGGAAGGCCGCGCCCCCGUCCUGCGCGGUGGGCUCGUCCAGGCGGGAGAUUUUCGGCGGGCUGGCUCGCGAUCGCUUUUUUGCUUUCCGCUUUUUCCACGCCCGCCGCCAUGCCCUGCUCGGAAGAUGCCGCGACCGUCUCUGCCUCUAAGAGGGCUCGAGCGGAGGAUGACACUUCUCUGCGCUUCGUGCGGCUCUCGGACCACGCCACGGCGCCCACCCGCGGCUCCGCGCGCGCUGCCGGCUACGACCUAUACAGUGCCUAUGAUUAUACAAUAUCACCCAUGGAGAAAGCCAUUGUGAAGACAGACAUUCAGAUAGCUGUCCCCUCUGGGUGCUAUGGAAGAGUAGCUCCACGUUCUGGCUUGGCUGUAAAGCACUUCAUAGAUGUAGGAGCUGGUGUCAUAGACGAAGAUUAUAGAGGAAACGUUGGCGUCGUGCUGUUUAAUUUUGGGAAAGAGAAGUUUGAGGUGAAAAAAGGUGAUCGGAUUGCGCAGCUCAUCUGUGAACGGAUUUCUUAUCCAGACAUAGAGGAAGUGCAGACCCUGGAUGACACUGAGAGAGGCUCGGGAGGCUUCGGCUCCACGGGAAAGAACUAAACCUUUGCUUGAAGUAUCUCACUGUUUCAACACUGAAGCCAGGAGCUUUACCUUUGGGAGCAUUUCGUGUUCUAGGAUGCAGGAAAGGAGACCAUAUCAAAUCCCGUUGGAACUAUUCGUUCUCUGGUUGAUGGUUGCCCGUAAGUCUGCACUGUGAGGAUGGCAUUGACAUGCAGGCUUGGUAAAACCAAGAGUACAAUUAGAUUUUUUGUUAUUGUUGUAUUACUUAAAUUAUAGCCUUCCAAGAACUGGUUUUGCUUAAAUUGCUGUAUCAUUUGUAAUUUUUUUUUUUAUCCAAUAAAGUUGAAGUCUUUAGCAGA